AUGGUCGCCUCAGCGACGAUGGCGACGACGGCGACGGCAACGGCGACGACGACGACGACAGUGAUGACGACGGUGCGGAGGAAGAGAACAACAGGGCCCGUAAUUCUGCAUGCUGCUGACGUGCAGCGCGACGGCAGCGUCAUCCUGCGCUUCGCCCCCCUGCCCGACCCCCUCGCGCCCACCGCGCGCGCUCUCGGCCCUGCCGCCGCAAUAGCACACGCUAAUGGGAACAGCAGCGUAGCGGUCAGGGAAGGUGGGGCUGCGCAGCCAGGGAGGGGCGCGGCGGAGGUGCGGGCGGACGCGGGGGUGGUGGCGUUCGUGACGGCGUGCACGAGCGAGUUCAGUCGCGAGGUGCCCGACGCGCUCAUUGAGGAGAUCGUGGGACUGCCCCUCCGCCUCACACCCUGUACCAGUGUCUGCAGCAACAGCCCUGUCAGCCCACCGUGCUCCCCCCUCGCCAUCCUCCCCUGCACCUCCCUCCUCAGCUGCCUCUAUUGCCGUCACCGCCAUCACUGGUGUCGUGCUGGCAGGCCUGGUUCAGUUCCUAGCCUCUCUCGCAGGUCUGGUGGGACGCGUGCCGGGCGGCAGCAGUGGGGUGGGCCAGAGCAGGCUGCUGUGGAAUCUUCCAGCAGCUACAGUGCUGCUGCUGGUGGCGGCAGUGAAGGUGUGGGCGGCAUGGUGGCAGCAGCACCACAGGCAGCAUGUGGUUGCAACUGUUUAGGCGACGCAAGGGGGUCGCAGAUUGGAUUGUGUGCUCUCUGGGAGAAGAAAGCACUGAUAAAAAGGCUCCGCAAUUGUGCAGACCCUCGCUGGGUCGGUGAGGCACUUGGAGCAGCUCUCGUGGAGGCUGACAGGCUGGGCAAGCAUGAGGGGUCCUACUCGAACCCACAUCCUUUCGGGGGCAACCCAACCAACCUUUGCGCCUCUACAGAGGUUGACAGCUUUUGA